CUAUUUGAUAGGAGUCGAGGGGGGUGGUUGCUAUCCGUACUUGCACUGAGAAACGGUUAAUCGUCCUUGCAGAUCUGCAACGGACACAGGAGGACACAUCUUCAGCGGUGAACAGAGCCGAACUGCCAAUACCCUUUUCCCCUCUUCGGUUUUCGUAAACCGGAGCUAAGCUGGAGCCGGCGGUUCAUUGUCCGCUACCGGAGCAGCAGCAGUUCCAGUGGAGCAGUACAGAGCGUCAGCCUCCGCCCUGGACCGAUGAACUGGCUGAAAUGUCCCGGCACAUCUACACUCGACACGGGAUAGGAGAUGGGCUGCAGAAACCUGUGUUUCAGGCAAACAGAGGAACUUACUCCAGGCGCAGCCGACUGAAGAGGUCCGAUGGCAGCACCACCUCUACCAGCUUCAUCCUCAGACAGGGCUCAGCUGAUUCUUACACAAGUCGACCAUCUGACUCGGAUGUGUCCCUGGAGGAGGAGAAGGAGGGCGGCCGACACGAGAAGGAGCAGCAGGCCACUGUUCAACUCGAGAGGGCAAAGACUAAAGCAGUGGCAUUUGCUGUGAGGACCAAUGUCAGCUACUGUGGUGCGCUGGAUGAGGAUGUUCCUGUGGCUGGCACUGCUGUCUCCUUUGAUGCCAAGGACUUCCUCCACAUCAAAGAGAAGUACAACAACGACUGGUGGAUUGGUCGCCUGGUGAAGGAAGGCUGUGACAUUGGUUUCAUCCCGAGCCCUCUGAAGCUGGAAAAUAUCCGACUUCAGCAGGAACAGAAGAGAGGACGCUUCCAUGGCAGUAAAUCCAGUGGGAAUUCUUCGUCUAGCUUGGGAGAAAUGGUGUCCGGCACAUUCAAGCCAAACCCCAACUCUGCAGGAAAGCAGAAACAGAAAGUGGCUGAGCACAUCCCUCCAUAUGACGUGGUUCCCUCCAUGAGACCGGUUGUCCUGGUGGGACCAUCCCUGAAAGGUUAUGAGGUGACAGAUAUGAUGCAGAAGGCACUGUUUGACUUCCUGAAGCACAGGUUUGAUGGGAGGAUCUCCAUUACAAGGGUAACAGCUGACAUAUCAUUGGCCAAGAGGUCAGUACUAAACAACCCCAGUAAGAGGGCCAUCAUUGAGAGAUCCAACACCCGCUCCAGCCUUGCGGAGGUCCAGAGUGAAAUAGAAAGGAUCUUUGAGCUGGCCAGGUCUCUACAGCUGGUGGUGUUGGAUGCAGACACCAUUAACCAUCCAGCACAGCUCAUCAAGACCUCAUUAGCACCUAUUAUCGUCCACGUUAAAGUGUCCUCACCUAAGGUCCUCCAGCGACUGAUCAAAUCAAGAGGGAAAUCUCAAAGCAAACACUUGAAUGUGCAACUUGUUGCAGCUGAAAAACUAGCGCAAUGUCCUUCUGAGAUGUUUGAUAUUAUUCUGGAUGAGAACCAGCUUGAAGAUGCAUGUGAACAUCUGGGGGAGUACCUGGAGGCAUACUGGCGUGCUACACACACUUCACUUAGCACGCCACUCAACCCCCUGCUAGGACGCAAUCUGGGCUCCACUGCUCUCUCUCCAUAUCCUGCUGCCAUUCAGGCCCAAAGAAACCGGAAUAGCAACCACACAACAACAGACCAAUCACCUGUUGAACGUCGCAGCUUGAUGCCUGCCGAUGAGAACUACCAUAAUGAACGGGCGCGGAAGAAUCGCAACCGUCUGUCCUCAGGCUCGCAGCACAGCCGGGACCACUCACCUCUGGUGGAGGAGGACUACCAGGACCCUUACCAGGACUCUUACAAGCCUCACCGUACCCGAGGAUCGCCAGGAGGCUACAGCCAGGAAUCCAGGCACCGGCUUUGAGCUCUGGUCUGCUGUAAACACAGUCUAAGCCUGUCUUUCACUAAACAGCCAUCCAGGUCCUAAGAGUUGAGGCAGCUUUGCUGUAACAUGAUGAAACUACUACACUCAUUUGGACUGUAACAACCUCGUAUUGAUGUGUAGUACCUCAUAUUCCCUUUGGCCUUUGCUCCGCCAAAUGGACAUUUGAACCUAAAAAAUUAAGAAUCCAGUUCUUGCUUUAAUGUGAACAAGAGAAGGAACUGGAUAUGAAAGUAGCACAAGACCAGAAAAGUUAUAUUUUAAAGGGAAGGAUUAAGCUGGAGCUGAUCUGAAUAUGCCCAGAUGUGGCUUGAGAAUGGACCCUUCUGGACCCUUCCCGCCACCUCAGCUGUUACUGUAGCAUGCAGGUAGGACUAUAAUUACAGGUCACUACAUGCAUCAAUCCAGUGCCAGACAGCAAGAGCAUCCAGUGGUGAUGAUCAGCACAGAACCUGUUUGCACGCACCCAGGAGCUGGUAGAAGCAGAAUAUAAUGCAUCUUUAAUGCUUCUCAAGUUUGUUUGCCACUGUCAUUGAUGUGAGUGUAAUAAAUCUUGUGGAAGCCUGUUCCCAAAUCCAGAGUUUUACACAUUUGCUUUUAAGUGACAUGGAUGGUGUUUGUGGUGAUCUCUUUGGGGUUCAUACAGUAGCUCCCUGUGCACACUCUUUGUUCUUUCUUGAUUCCAUUUUUUCACCAACCAUUUCAAGACAGAAAUAUAUAAAUCAUGAGAUCUGAUACAUCUCAAAGCUCCAAACCUCAGGAAUGAGAGGUCAUUAAGACCUAGAAGUGUGCUGACAGAUGUAGCGUUUAUGUUCUCACCCAUCUGAUAGGGGUUCGAUUGUGUGUGUUAUGUUAGACUGUUAAAAGAUGUUAUGAUUUAAUUGUUACAAAAAAGUUGUUAAUAUAAGGAGCACAGGAGUCAUUAGAGUGGUCAAGUCAGCAUGUUUUUCAUAUGCCAUGCGAUUAUCAGCUAUUGUUGUCUGUCAUGUGUUUGGCAGAACAUCAACUGAAUUAAUAGAACUGGAUUUUAAUGAGUGACUUAUGGUAUAUUGCGGGCCUCCAUAUGUAAAUACAGUCAAAUAAUUGAAAGAAAGUUAAUUUCAGUUCAUGAAAUUAUAUUCCAUUAAUUUCAUUUUUCACUGCUGUGCAUACACCUUGAAAUUAUAAAUUAUUUUCCUCCAUCACCCUUUAUUUUUAAAGGUUUUAUAAAAUAAAGUCACAGUUACAUUAAGUAGGCCCCUUUUCCAUAUUUUCAGCUAUUCCAUUUGAUUUUCAUUAAAGACACCUAUAAACUAUCUGAAAGUAUUUAGGCAUUACUGUGCUGCAUUUGUCAGUGUAAUUUAAAUGGUUCAUGAAAAUUCCAGUUCCCUGCAUUUUUUAAAUCCAGAAUUCACUUGUAUGCUGACAGCUAAUACAGGAUUAAUAUAUAAUUACAUUUUCAUGACAUAUCCUUGUAUCUUGUAAUUUAAUAUUUGUCCAAAGUUCAGGUAUUUUUUAGUCCAUAGGCCAGAGAUCUCGUUGUGCUUCAGUGAUUCUGGAAAAGGAAGAUCAACAAGGAGACUUCUUAUCUGCCAUAUACAGUAGCUUUUAUUGUUGUUGUUUCAAAACUCUGGAGCAUAAGCAACAAUUUAAAGAUCUGAAUACUGCCUGUGAGAGAAUGAUGCAUUGAUUAGAAGUUUGUGUGCACUGUCAUUUUACAAUUGUAAUGAAAUAAACUGCCCUUAUGCUGUUGUAUGGAUAA